CUUGGUAUUGUACUCUAUAUUGCGUGCUGAAAUCCAAUUGGAGGCAACAGUCCACCUGAAUUCUUCAAGGUACCUAAUCCCUAACCUAACCCAGGACCUUUCAGUGUACCACGCAUCUAAUAUAAAUACACAUCGGAUUCUCUCUUCCUUUCCUAGAAAGAAACGACGAAAACUACGACAGAAACACCAAUCUUGUUAACCAAUUUAAACAAGAUGUUAUCGCAACACUUAUUUAUCAGUAUCCUUUCGCUUCUUUCGGUCCAGCCGGUCUACAGCGACCCGAUUCCAGCAAAACAUGUUUCUCGAAAGACACCACUCCUUGUUGACUUCAGCGCUGCACGCGGCGACGACCCCAAAGUUCUCGGCGGCCUCAACCUAGAGAAGGCUAAGGGCGACAAACCUAAGGCUAACACUCCCGAUCUAUACAUCAAGUUAGACAAGGACCCUAAGGGAGUUGCAGCUGCGCACUUCCACCACAAAGCUGGAGAUCGAAGGGCCGAAUACCACGCUUUGAGUGGAAAGACUAAGUCGGGCACUACAUAUUUUAUCUCCUAUCAGUUUCAACUUGAGGAAUUACCCAACGGUCUCUUGAUCUUCCAAUGGAAGGAGUACAAGGCCAACAACGACAGAGAAGGGGGCGCCAACAUCCCUCUAGCCCUUGAGAUCAAGAAGAACCAGCUCGCAUUCUCGCAUACCUUCAAGUGGAAGGAGGGCCGCAAGGUGCAGUGGUCGCAAGAUAUCCAGGCGAAGAAGACGUACAAGAUCGGUAUGGAAAUCCUGGCCAAGGCCGAUGGCGGUCACGCUAAGCUCUGGCUCGACGGCAAGCCUGUGACUUUCGAUACUUCUAAGUCCACGACCUUGACUGGCAACAUGUUUCCGGGUGAGAGCGACCCUAAGUUCGGGAUAUACGGCGGCGAGACUGUGGUGGUCGAUAGCUACGUGUACCAAGUGCAGAUUGGUACGAACAAGGCCGACCUCGACCAGAGUUAUUUCGGCGGCAAAUAAGAGAUGCACUGGAGGAAAGUCGUAUACUUGAUAGAUAUUAACACCGGACCAUCUCGCUUCUCUGUCCUGCGGGUUAGUGAAGAAUAGAGCGAAUUGUACAUAUCAACCUACAUAGAGAAGAAACGAGGACAAUCCACAUCUCGACCCCUCCGAGAAAAGAAACCCCCUCUAUCCAGAUUUCGUACCUAUAGAAUGUUUCCAUUCAGAGAAAAGGGGCACUUACGACGCAUAAUGUGCUCGAAUGCAGUCAUCAACAAGUCGGUGAAUAUAUAUCCCUCAUACAAUGCUGUUAUCCUCCGAGUAUAAUAAUCAGCGGCGGCUCCUAUAUUAACCCGCACCUCUCCAAAGACCAGAAACGCCGGUAGGCAUCGGACUUUGACC